UUGGGAAAGGAAUUUUAAGAACGGUUCAUCAGAACGUGGUCAGGCCACAGCGGCCUCUUUGGACGAAGACACAUUUGUAGCAUUAUCUUCCUCGGCAUCAGCUUUUAUUAGUGCACCGGGGCGGGGGAGGAGGGAGAUCGACAGACACGGACAGCCUCUGACCCUCUGGAGUUGGUAUGUGAUAAGCAGCCCUAGCAGUGCCAUGUAUUGGAAGAGCGAUCAGAUGUUUGUGUGUAAACUAGAAGAAAAGGACGUGCCGGAGCUGGCAGUUCCCCCUGAGAAGGUGAGCCCCGAGGGAGCGGGGGACGAGGACUCUUGCUCCUCCUCGGCCCAACUGUCCCCGUCGUCCUCGCCCCGGUCCAUGGCCUCGGGCUCCGGCUGCCCCCCUGGCAAGUGUGUGUGCAACAGUUGCGGCCUGGAGAUCGUGGACAAAUACCUUCUCAAGGUGAAUGACCUAUGCUGGCAUGUCCGGUGUCUCUCCUGCAGUGUUUGCAGAACCUCCCUAGGAAGGCACACCAGCUGCUAUAUUAAAGACAAAGACAUUUUCUGCAAACUUGAUUAUUUCAGAAGGUAUGGAACUCGCUGCUCUCGAUGUGGGAGACACAUCCACUCUACUGAUUGGGUCCGGAGAGCCAAGGGGAAUGUCUAUCACUUGGCGUGCUUCGCUUGCUUUUCCUGCAAAAGGCAACUUUCCACAGGAGAGGAGUUUGCUUUGGUGGAAGAGAAAGUCCUCUGCAGAGUGCAUUAUGAUUGCAUGCUGGAUAAUUUAAAAAGAGAAGUAGAAAAUGGUAAUGGGAUUAGUGUGGAAGGCGCCCUCCUCACAGAGCAAGAUGUUAACCAUCCAAAACCAGCAAAAAGAGCUCGGACCAGCUUUACAGCAGAUCAGCUUCAGGUUAUGCAAGCUCAGUUUGCUCAGGACAACAACCCAGAUGCGCAGACACUCCAGAAACUGGCAGAAAGGACAGGCUUGAGCAGACGUGUGAUACAGGUGUGGUUUCAGAAUUGUAGAGCACGCCACAAGAAACAUGUCAGUCCUAAUCACUCCUCCUCUGCCCCAGUCACAGCAGUCCCACCCUCCAGGCUGUCUCCACCCAUGUUAGAAGAAAUGGCUUAUUCUGCCUACGUGCCCCAAGAUGGAACAAUGUUAACUGCGCUGCAUAGUUAUAUGGAUGCUCAUUCACCAACAACUCUUGGACUCCAGCCCUUGUUACCCCAUUCAAUGACACAACUGCCAAUAAGUCAUACCUAAUUCUUUUUUCAGGGAUAGAAUUGAUUAAGGAUAUGAAUUUGUCGUUUCUUAUGUAUAAAAUACCAUUGAAAAGAUAUUACUGUUCAUUUUUUAUUUAACACGUAAAGCAUUUCCAACAUCACUUUGCUGCCCAGGUAUGUAUCUGUAGUUGGCCUGCAAGACACUUUUAUUGAUUCUUCAUUUUUGUAAAACUUAUGUUUACAAGAAGAAAACAAAUCAAAACAUUUUUUGUAUUGUCUGGAAAUAGUUCACUCUAGUGUAUAUCUGUUAAUUUAUUUGCCAUCAAAAGAGCACUUUGCCUAAAAGAAAGGACUGACAAGUGUGCAAAAUGUUUACAAUCUUUUGUGAAAUUGUAGUUUAUCAUUAGUUUGUAUCUGUAAGUUAUUGUUAUAAAUAUUACCUGUAUUUUUUGUUAUAUACAACUUUAUACUUUAAAGCUUGUAUCUGUGAAUUUGCAACUGAAAUUUAUUUUGCCAAUGUUUUCUGAAUGAACUGAAUAAAGCUUCUGUUGUAGCAUGCCAUGCAAACACAUUAUUGUGUUUGUGGUUGAUGAAUUAUGGCUGUAAAUAACACUAUAGUUUAAUAAGCCCACCAUUCUGAGUUUAUUAAACAUUUUCCAUUCUUGUGAAAAUUUCAA